GAGAGUUAAAGGUUUAGGUACAUUUAUUCUUACUGCGCCAAAUUUAAAGUUACGUAGCUUUUUGACUUGCUUGGCUCCAUUCCUUUGCAUUCUGAGCCAUGUCCGGGCGCGGGAAGCAGGGCGGGAAGGCGCGUGCCAAGGCCAAGUCGCGCUCGUCGCGGGCCGGGCUGCAGUUCCCCGUGGGCCGCGUGCACCGCCUGCUGCGCAAGGGCAACUACGCGGAGCGCGUGGGCGCCGGCGCGCCCGUGUACCUGGCGGCCGUGCUGGAGUACCUGACGGCCGAGAUCCUGGAGCUGGCGGGCAACGCCGCCCGCGACAACAAGAAGACGCGCAUCAUCCCCCGCCACCUGCAGCUCGCCAUCCGCAACGACGAGGAGCUCAACAAGCUGCUGGGCAAGGUGACGAUCGCGCAGGGCGGCGUGCUGCCCAACAUCCAGGCCGUGUUGCUGCCCAAGAAGACCGACAGCCACAAGGCUAAAGCCAAGUAAAUAUCUUCCGACAAACAACCUAAAGGCUCUUUUCAGAGCCACCCACAUCUUCCUAGAAAGAGCCGGAACGCUUGACCUUUGGAAUACAUGCUAUGUUAAUAUACCCAGAAACUUGAAAUCUUCCGGAGAAGCGUCCAAAAUGUUAUGUCUCUAGAGUCUACUUUCCUGAUCUGUAGCUUUCUGCCUAUUUUCUUAACCUUGAAAGUCAUAGUACUUAUGUAAGAAUGCGUCAGUUUUCCCUUUUGAAAAAAAAAUAAAAGGUAGCGGUUGCAACUAA